CAGCCUGCUCACGGCAGCCAAACUGCGGCCAAGCCCCACUCACUGUAUCUCAAGUGUUCGGAUUUUUAAUUAAAUACAUUUGGAAAAGCCUCCUUCGUUAGUAUAAUUGUCAAGGGCAACUGCUUUGAAGUCAUUGCGUAUUGACUAAUAGGUGGGUUUGUGUCUUAAAUUAAGGGAAAUGGAAACGUCAGGGAGUGUCAAACCCACCGCGACGCAGGAGCUGCCAGGAAUUUCAGCAUCGGUGCAGACAGAAGCUAGCGGGCUUCAUGAACACGCCUACAGAAAAUCAACCCUGUCGGAAGAGUUCAGCAGUUUAACUGUUUUGUGUGACGUGGAGUUCAAAGAAGACUUUGUGAAGCUGUUCAAGAAAUCUCUGCUCACGCUCCCCUCCAUUGGCCUGCCUGCCCUUCUGGCCUACAGACCUGAAUCGUCACGAGAAAACAUAUACAUUGAGACAGAGGAGGACUGUGCUCCAAGGUGCGAGUACUGUGGCAGCCUGCUGAAGCCGUUCCCUUCCUUCGAAGACACUUGCCCACCAUCACAGGAUUAUGGAUCAAAAUUCUGCUGUGAGAGAAAUCGAGACCUCUACGAGUUCAUCGUAAAUGAGAGGGAGAAGCACGAAAGCACCCGGAGCGUUCCCAUCGCUGUCGGCCCCCAUGAAUCCCACGGCACGGAAGCUGACAGGCGGCUGUCAAAGGAGAGAGCGUACCAGAGGCAGCAGGAGAGACAAAUGGCCAGACAGUUAGCUUUCCUGGCAGCAGAGCCAACGAGUGUAGCUGAAUGUUCAGAUCAAACUGGCACAAUUUCCUACCUGCUUUCUCGGGAGCCCCCAUCGCCAAGGGGCUGGACGCUGGUGCCUGGUGAGAGAGCAGCAAAGCCCGAGGAGGAGCCCAUCUCCUACAGCAUCACCUGCUGCGAUUUCACCCCUGUGGGUGGAAAGGUAGUGAAGAACGAAUUGUUGGAAAAAUACUACAAACAUGGAGGGAAAUUCCUUACCAUGUUUCCAGAUGGAACAGCACAGCUAUUCUAUCCAUCUGGAAAUCUGGCAAUCAUUGUUGUACGAGAGAAAAACCAGCUUAUUUGCAUAGUACAGGAAGACAAGCCGAGUAACGCCAAAAUACAAGCAGUAUUUAAGUCCAAUGGCAGAAGUACUUGCUAUUAUCCAAACGGAGCUGUGUGGAUAAUCAUGAAUAUUUGGGGAGGGCAGUAUUUGGACCAAGAGGGGAGCAGCGUGAGAAGGUGGACAUGGCCAAACAGCAUCAUGUCAUCAGGACCACACGUCCCACUGAGACCCAUCUUCAUCUCCCUGAAUCAGCAUGUGGGGGUCAGGAUCCUGGGCCAGGACAAGAUCACCGUUUCCUUCCUCGCUAUGGGGCAACAAGCAAAAUUCAAAGUGGGAACCAAAGUGCAGGUCAGCGACAUUGGCCGGCUGCCUCCCCGCACCUGGCUGGGUGAAGAUGAGCUCCUGCUGCUUGCCUUCAGGAAACCAGCCCAGGCUGACCUGUCGUUCCAGCCUGUAGAUGCGGCACAAAGAUAAAAGCAAACAGAGCACAGCUAAGUCAUAGCCUGUGACAGGUAUAUGGGGAGGAGGUGCUUGCUCAGAAGUCACCUGCACAGGCACCUCCCUGCACAGCCAGCGCUUCUGCCAAGGACAUAGCACCAGCAGGAUGCCCAGACUUCCCUGGCACGAGCACUGGAUGGCAGCUCAGCCUGCUGCAGGUACGAGACACAGUGGUUCCCCAUGCAGAGAGAGGGAUAAAACCCCACAGUUUGUCCAAAGCAAUCAAAGGUCACUGUCUUGGUGAUGUUUGUGCAGAUGCUGGAGACAGAAGGGCGUUAAGGCAGACAGCAGACAGCAUGGAUGAGCCGCAGCCUCUUAGCAGCAGCUCAUGAAUGGCUGAUGCAGGGGAAGGCUCUGCUGCACCAGGUGCCCUGUGUUUCCCUCCCGCCACGGGCCUGGUGGCCGUGGGAGCAGCAUGGGCAGAAGUGGUGGGUCACGGACCCCUCAUGAACCAGGUGCCUUGGGCCGGCCCCCGCCCCAGCUCACAAUGGUUCAGACAUUCGAGGCCAGGGGCUUUGCCUGGCCCUUCACCCUGCACCUGAGCAGCUUUGCGAGGUAGCUCUGGAUGUCUUUGCUGUACAGGGUGUAGAUGAGAGGGUUGAUGAGGGAGUUGGUCUCACCCAGGAGGAGUAAGGUGUCCUUGAGCAGGCUGGCCAGGGUGCAGGAGCUGCAGGCGGCCUGCACAGUGCCCCCCACCAGGUAGGGGCUCCAGGAGAGGCUGAAGCCAACAAGGACGAUGAACAUGUCUGCAGCGCCUUGAAGUGGCACAGGUGGGCGCAGAGGGGCCCAGCCGGGGCGCAGGCAUGGCGGAGCCACAUGUGCUGCACACAGGCGACGCUGCCCACCGAGACAUGCAGGCACACCAGCACCAGCAGGGACAGAGCAAAGAUGCUGAAGCAAACCACGCAGAGGUGCUCUCUCUUGGCUGCGUACAGGAGCCCGCAGUAACCCGUGUAGAUGCCUCGCUGGAGGGAGGGCAAGAUCAGAGGCAAUGCCCAAAAAGGAAGGACGGAAUCCAGAGAACAAGGGAGAGGACCAUGGGCUUUUUCUUCAGGAGGGUGGGGUAGGGGAGCGGCAGCGUCACUGCCAGGUAACCGUCCAGGGAGAUCAGGAGCAGGGUCAGGAUGGAGCCGAUGCAAGGCACCAUGCUCACGGCAAUGCGCAGGAGGCAGAAGGACUUGUUGCAGUCAAAAUCCCUGUCAAGGAUGUCGUCCAGAACCUCAGUGAUGCACAUCACACCCACUAACAGGGCAGCGGUGGCCAGGUUGAGGACGUAGACCUGGCUGGUGCCUGGCUGCUUCCUCAUCAGCUGGUAGAUGACCACAAUCACCAGCAGGUUGGCCAGGGGGAUGAGGCAGCUCAGGAAGGAGUGCAACACCGCACGCUGGGACCAUCAUCCCUGGCAAGGAGGUUUGAAAGAGAUGCCCAGGAUAACUUGGCCCCAGCAUGGAAAAACCCCACAAGGAGAUGUGUGGCCAAGCUGGAGGGAUGGGACAGAAGUGCCCCAGACCCUCCAGCUGCAGACCGAGGCUAGGAGCAUCUAAGCCAGUCCUUUGUCCAUCCUAGGAGACCUCUGGGACCUUUGUAGCUGCCAAGAGUCACUGGUCAUUUUUCCAGGGCUUUUGGCCUCCCUCCUUCCUAUCCAUCCGAUUUUGCUCCACACCUGCAG